ACAAUGUAUCCCGAAGCAACUGACAAUGUUCCCACACUAAGUCGUCGUGGUAAAAUGGAAUGGGUUCCGUUACCUCAGUCAGUUCACGCUGCGAACACGAUCAAUCCGAUUAGAAGAAUCGCUGAUGCAGUAUCGGUAGCACCGAACCCAGAUAAGACACCAAUAAAGAUGCACCUUGGCGACCCAAGCCUAACUGGACGGCUUCCGCCAUGCCCGAUCGCUGUCGAAGCUGUACAAGAGGCUCUACUUUCUGAAAAGCAUAAUGGGUACGGUCCUGCUGUUGGAGAACUGGCUGCCCGAAUGGCUGUCGCCCAACGAUAUACAACAAAUGCGGCACCUAUAACAGCUGAUGAUGUGAUUCUUGCUAGCGGAUGCUCCCAUGCCAUACAGAUGGCCAUUGAAGGUCUGGCCAACCCUGGGGACAAUAUUCUGAUACCUCAUCCUGGCUUCCCACUGUAUUCUACGCUUUGCAGACCUCAUGGAGUAGAGGACCGAGCAUAUAAACUGGACAUGAAAAAUGGGGGGCUGAUCGAUUUGGAGCACCUUGAAUCGAUGAUUGAUGAACGAACACGCGCCCUAGUCAUCAACAAUCCUGGCAACCCUACGGGUGUCGUAUUCCCCAAAGAACAUCUGGAGGACAUCCUGGCGUUGGCAUAUCGUUACCACCUCGUGAUCAUCGCCGACGAAAUCUACGGGGAUCUCACCUACGACGGUGCGAUGUUUCACCCAAUUGCAUCGCUCUCUCCUAAGGUACCAAUCAUAACAUGUGAUGGCAUCGCAAAACGUUGGAUGGUACCCGGAUGGCGUCUGGGAUGGCUCAUCGUUCAUGACCGUUACCGGGUAUUAAGCGAAGUUCGAAAAGGAUUGGUCGCCCUGUCGCAAAAGAUCGUCGGUCCAUGUGCUCUCGUCCAAGGGGCGCUACCUAAGAUUUUGGCAGAAACUCCUGAAGAGUACUUCGAAUACAAUCGUCAAGUGAUCUCAAAAAAUGCCAAUAUUGUAAGUAAACUACUGAAAGGACUGGAUGGAGUACACUGUCUGCAACCUCAUGGAGCCAUGUACAUGAUGAUCAGCAUCGACAAGUCCAUGUACGGAGACGACAUUAAGUUCGCAUCGGAUCUGAUU